AAGAUACAUACUAAAUGAUAUGCUCUAGGGCAUACUACUAACACAUGUACAUCUCAAGAGUAUAGAUAUAAUACAUGUACAUGUACAUCACAAGUCAAACACAACUUUCAAGUCGCCUUAUUAAAAUCAAUCCAGGAAAUGGUUUAUAUAUAUAAAUAUAGAACAGAUUAAGCAUUUCAAACGCGAAUUUUUAUACACAGUGUAAUCUAGAAUGAGAGAAUUUAUGCAGAUAUGUGGCUUCUGGUUUGUGAUGUCGUUGCUAUGGUGUAUAGAAACGAGAGCUUCAGCAGCUGUGCUACCUCCAGGUGAUUGUCCUGAAACCUGUGGGAAUGUUAAUGUGCCUUAUCCAUUUGGGAUCAACGACACAUCUGCUAGAAUUGUGAAUCCUAGAUGUGCCAUGAACCAUUUCUUCAUGUUGACAUGCAAUUCGACGUACAAUCCUCCUGCCCUAUAUUUUGGAAACAUCCCAGUUCAGAAUAUCUCUGUGGAUGAAGGCACCAUGUCUGUCACCAUCGACGAGGCUUUCGACUGCUACGACAAGGCAGGGCUGACCAUGAAUAUAAACCGGUGGAUGCAGCUGGGAGAUGGCCCGUUCAGAUUCUCUGACACUCGCAACAAGCUCACAGCUGUUGGCUGCGAUACCUUAGCCUUCAUGACUGAUGCAGAAGGAACCUUUGGAAGUGGCUGCGUAUCCUUAUGCGAGGAGAACAUAACGCUGGAGGAUUCUUGCUCAGGAAUUGGAUGCUGCCAGACUGCAGUACCAAGAAGUCUCAAGACGUUAAACAUCAGUAUUGGAAGUGUGGACAAUCAUAGCCUUGUUUUGGCCUUUAAUCCAUGUGGAUUUGCGUUUUUGGCCGAUCAGAGGACCUUCAAUGUCUCGAAUUUUCGACUGUCUGAUAACCCAUAUUCAACUAAGGAUUAUCCAACUCCAGAUGUUGUUAUUGAAUGGGUAGUAAGAGAAGAGACGUGUGAAAAAGCUCAAUCUAGAUCAAACACGAGCGAAUAUGCGUGUGGUGAUAAUACCAACUGCACGUUCUCUGAAAAUGGUAGGGGAUAUCGGUGCUUAUGCAGAGAAGGAUUCACAGGAAAUCCCUAUCUACAGCAAGGAUGCCAAGAUAUUGACGAAUGCAAGGAACCAGAAAAGUAUCCAUGCGAAGGCAGUUGCAAGAAUACAAUUGGGAAUUACACAUGUAGCUGCCCACUUGGGAUGCAUGGCGAUGGUAAAACAGGCUGUCAGGGGUUUCGCAUCACAACCCUUGCCACAGUUUUGGGAGCACUCAUGUUGGUUUCAAUUAUCAUUUUUCUGAUUGUGAUCAUAUGGAAGAAGCGAAGAAAAGAGAAGAACUUUUUAGAUAAUGGAGGUAAAUUAUUAAAGCACCAACGAGUGAGAAUUUUUACUGAAGCAGAACUAGCAAAAGCUACAAACAAUUAUGUUACAAGUCAGUUGCUGGGGGAAGGUGGUUUUGGGUCUGUUUACAAAGGAGUUUUAGCAGAUAACACACAGGUUGCAGUAAAAAGGCCAAAAGACUUGGACAAAACUCAACUCAAUGAAGAGUUUCAACAUGAAAUUGGCUUUGUUUCACAAGUUAACCAUAAAAAUGUGGUCAAGAUCUUGGGCCUAUGUUUGGAGACCACAAUUCCAUUGUUAGUUUAUGAGUUCAUUUCAAAUGGAAGUCUAUAUCAGCAUAUCCAUCAAAGGAGGUCUCAAAUAUUAGCAAAUUGGAAAAAUUGUCUGAAAAUUGCUGCGGAGACUGCACUUGCACUUGAUUAUUUGCAUUCUCUAGCAAACCCUCCAAUUAUUCAUGGAGAUGUCAAGUCUGCGAACAUCCUCCUAGAUGAUGAUUACACUGUGAAGGUUGCUGACUUUGGAGCUUCAGUGCUAAUUUCUCCAGGUCAAUCUAAUAUGGCCACAAAAAUACAAGGGACUUUUGGCUACUUAGAUCCGGAGUAUCUUAUGACUAGUAAUUUGACAGAAAAAAGUGAUGUAUAUAGUUUCGGGGUUGUGCUUGUGGAGCUCUUAUCAGGAGUGAAGCCGAACUCUAGUAUUGUGAUGAGAUCAGGAGAAAAGACUAACAUCAUUCAGAAAUUUCUCUCUUCUCUAGAAAAUAAGAAACUCUCUGAAAUACUUUGUUUCAAUGCAACUGAUGAAGAAAUGGAAGAGAUUGGAGUUUUUGCAGAGCUAGCGAAACAAUGCUUGAGCAGUAGUGGGGUGAAUAGGCCAACCAUGAAAGAUGUAGCCGAGGAGCUUGGGAGGUUGAUGAAGUUGCAUCAGAGUUUAUGGGCUCAGCAAAAUAGUGAAGAGACCGAGAAUUUUUUAGGUGGUGAUUCAUCAUCUUAUCUUUCCAUUGAAAUUGAAACAACAAAGAUGAAGCAACCUGACACUCUUAAUAUGACAACAAUUUCUUUUGAAUACUCUGCUGAUAGUGUUUGAAUUGGUUAGCAUAAUCUUUCAGAAGAAAGCACUUCCAAAUAAGUCCCAAUUCUCCCAAGCUGCAGUUCAGUGAUUGUGGUUGGUUGACUUCCAGCAUAAAACUCAGUCAAUUCUCAGAGUAUAGAUGUUUUUGUUGUUUAUUCGAUCUCAAUAUAUAUGUAAAAAAUUGUAAUAGUUUGUUAUUCAAUAAUUUACAGUUUGGAAGAAUGUAUAUCAGUAUUCACCUGAAUAAAGAACCAGAAGUAAAAAUUUAUUUGUGUGUAA